AUGAGUCAAUCACUUUCUGUACCUCCGUAUUUUGAUGAAAGUAAUUAUGCUUACUGGAAGGUUAGAAUGCGUGAGUUUCUUAAGUCUCUAGAUGAGUAUGUUUGGAUGAGUGUGCAAAAUGGCUGGAAACCUCCCUCCACUAUCGUUUCAGGAACUGUUAAUCUUACUGAGAAAUCACUAUGGACUAAGGAUGAGAUAGCUGAGUGUAAUUGGAAUAGCAAAGGACUUCAUGCCUUGUUUAUGCUGUGUCUCCCGAAGAGUUUAGGAGAGUGUCAAUGUGCAAAAUUGCUAAAGAGGUUUGGGACAUUCUUGAAACUACACAUGAGGGAACUAAAACGUUUCAAUCUAGGCGAGAGAAUUCCCGAGUCUAAAAUUAUUGAAGAACUUGUAGGAUCCUUGCAAACUUAUGAAUUCACUGUCACACAACCUAAGAAAGGAAUGUCCGUUGCUUUAAAAUCCAUCAAAGAGGAUGAAUCUUCUGAUACUGAGUCUCUUAAGGACGAUGAAAUUGCAUAUUUUGUUAAGAAAUUUCAAAAGGUUCUCAAGAAUAGGAGAAAGCCUCAGGAUAGAAAAAGUGGAGCCCCUAGCAGAUUCUCAAAGGAAAAAAUUGAAAGGUUCAACAAUAAAGGUUCUAGUGAUAAACCACGUUUGGUUAGUGAUAGGCAGGAAUCAUCUAGAAGUGAAGAUGAAGGGAACUAUAUGUCAUUUGUGUCGACUUUUAAGAGUGAAUCUGAUAAGGAGAGUGACAAGGUUGAGGAAGAACUUCGCAACGAUAAUUCUAGUAAUGAGGAUGAAGAUAAUAUAGACAUACAAAAGGCCUAUCAACUCUUGUUCAAGGAGAGUUUUAAAAUCAAAAAGGUCAAUAAAGCCCUACUCAAAAAGGUUGAUGAACUUGAAAGAGAAAAAGAGAGACUUGCUAGUAAUCUUCAGAAUUCACUUAAGAUUGUUAGAAUGAAUAGGCUAGCAGGAGAUAGGAAAGGUCUAGGAUAUGUUGAGGAUAAUACAUAUGUUGCCGGUCCAUCUAAGACUGUAUUUGUUUCUGCCUCUAAGAAGUCUAACGUUGUCAGCAAUCCAAAUAAGGGUAAGAAUGUUCCGAGGGAACAGAGUCAUCAAUCACGUAGGAAUAUCAUGCCCAGAUACCCACAGACACGUACCUUUGAGCCUAGGUUCAUUCCCACCCGUCACCACUGUGGAGCUCUAAGACACACUAGACCUAGAUGUUAUAAGUUAAGCAAUGAGCGUAGAAAUCAGAAUAUUCCUAGUCAGGUUAGCUUUCUGUCUAAUCAUGUUAAUCAUUUAAAUGAGAUGCUUACUAAGAUAACUAGGAGUACCUCGUCAUCUAAGAAAGUUUGGGUUAAAAAGGGGGAUCUAGCUGGACAUUCAGGUCAGGUAAAUUGUUAUGUUGCUCAUGUUGCAUUAAAAGCCCAAAAUUACAAUAUGUGGUACCUUGAUAGUGCAUGUUCUAGGCAUAUGUGUGGUACUGUACAAAUGCAUGGAUUACCUGUGAUUUCAAAUGUGCUUUAUGUGGAAGGUUUAAAGUCGAACUUGUUAAGUAUUAGUCAGAUUUGUGAUGCUGAUUUUGAGGUUAGCUUUGUGCAAAAGAGAUGUACCGUGUAUGAUUCAUCCGGUGGGGUGGUCCUUGAUGGGGUUAGAACGUCUGAUAACUGCUAUGGAGUCCUACCUAAUUCUAACUAUGUGUGUAGGAGUGCAAAAAUUGAUGUGAGUGAACUCUGGAACAAAAGAUUGGGUCAUUUAAACUAUAAGAGUCUAGUACAGCUGGCUAAAAAGGAGUUGGUAGAUGGUUUGCCUAAAAUAGGUCCUAGUGAAAAUGUUGUGAGUGGACCAUGUCAACUAGGUAAACAACUUAAGGGAAGCCAUAAAAAGACUUCUAAAAUUCUGACCAAAAGACCCCUGGAAUUGAUACACAUGGAUUUAAUGGGACCAUCUAGGACUGAGAGUCUAGGAAGUAAGCGGUAUAUUUUGGUUGUGGUAGAAGAUUUCUCGAGAUUCACAUGGAUAGAAUUGCUUAGGGAAAAAUUUGAUGCAUGUGAUCUUAUAAAAUCUUUGUGUAAACGGCUUAGUAAUGAACUCAAUCUCAAAGUGUCCAGAAUGCGUAGUGAUCAUGGAAAAUAG